UUAGAGUGCACACAAACCCUCAUACAUAGUUUCGCUCAUUAUUUAAACAGAUUUCUUAUGGCACGCUUAAGUGAAUGGCUUUUUGUUUUUAAUGUUCAUGAUAAUGCUGAUAGUCUAAAGCGGGUGUGUUUGUGUUUACCAACUCUAAUGCACCUGUGCUCUAUUAAUGACUUCUCUGGGGAUUCUUUUAAUGAAUUCACAGAACAAACCACAAGAUAGCAACCUUGGUUCUACAUCGCUCUGAAUGGUGAUCGUCACACAUGUGCUUUUAAACCUGGCUUUGUUAUUGGGGAACACACACAAGGUCUUCAAACAAUAAAGAAAGAAAGGCCCCCUCUCUAAGACCCUCCCUCCUCCAACUGUCCCAGAUCCAUUGUGCCAGAGAGGCAGCUGGGUGCAACACUGGCUGGCUUUGUGCUUCCACCAGACGCGCUGUAAACACGUUCUUCGUGCAUUCUGUUGGACCAUGUGGCAUCCAUGUUUUGUGCCUCACAGUACUGAUGUAGUUCAACAGCACACCGAGGAACAUAGAGGAACAUUAAUACAUUUGGAAAUGAAUAGUUUUAAGUUAGUAGUCCCCAUAUAUAUGUUACUCACUGAUGUUUGGUGUAUGUAUGUUUGUGAGUUUACAGGAAGGCCUUUGGCAAACUAACAUAUCUGGCUAGACGUGUACAUGGUAUUCCUUCCUGUCUGUACUGUACUGUUUUUUGCUUCACCAAAUCACCCAGUCCAAAGCACAAGGCAAUUUCCAAGCCCUCUAAAAGUUACAAACAGGUGCACCUGAGCAGAGGAAACGCAGAGAUGUGCAGUGCACCCGGAGCCCACAGACUCACCCCCGCGGGGCAGCGGGUGUAAUAUGCACGGUCAUUCCUUUCGGGAAAUCUGGAGCUCAUGCAGGCAUUUCAGGGCUCGACGAGCACGGGACAAGGAAUUUCUGUUCUGUUACUGCUGGGGCAUCGUUGGCAGCUGUUACCCAAGUUAGGACUGUGUAAAAGAUUUGUUUAGUCGCAAAUAUAUUGCGUGGUGACGUGCUGCCAAGACCUGCAACGCCUUAGCACACCUUCAGGGUAAUUAAAGUGACUCAGCGUUUCAGAAAGAAUGACAGAUCUCUGUGGCUUCUCAAGUAAUAUGUUUAACAAACUGAACACACACAAACAAAUCGCGCGUGCCCGCGCACACGCACGCACGCACGCGCGCGAGAAUACCCCACUACGCGUAAUAGAACAAAUUGACAUACCAAACCUAUGUAAGAAUGAACCCGGUUGGUUGAAAAUAAACCAGGAAUACAAAGCUGAUUGCUAUUGGAUGUAACUCCCGCGGGACGGGCGCGCGGGCGGCGUGGCGUCUCCGCGCUCACGGGCUCCUUAGUCCUCCACCGGCGCGCGGCCGAGUGCAAGCAGAAACGCUUUUCCCCUGGAAAACGAGCCGCAGGCACGUCGGUUUAAAUGCAGUCUUUAUUCUCUUCAUGCGCGCUUUAGGCUGCAGUAGCCUAAUAUGAAGUGUAAUAAUAACGGGCAGCCUGCCUCACUGGACGCGGAGUCGGCGGACACGGCGCGCGUUUAAAGACUCCGCGUUACACUUUAACGGGAAUCAAACGCGCCGCAUCUGCGUGUACGUGUCGCCGCUCAAACCGAAACGAUGAACUUUGCGGCGGGCGCAGUUUGUGCUGCUCGUAACAGGGUUGCAAGGUCAAGCCACGUGAGAAGAGCGGACGGUGUGGAUUAAGUUCAGUCCACGUUUCCCCCGACGGAAGUCCCGCUUGUUCUCAGAACUCCUGCCUCUUCCCUCGACUCCUCAAUGUGGGCUGCGGAGGACCUUUGCCUUUCUGGUUUGAAAUGAAAUAAUGGCGACACGCUGGGCUGGAUCUCCGCCCCGAGGUGACGGGGGAAAUGCCACCGCGUCGUCGGUGUGGCAGGCCAAGCGCAAGGAUGGGCGGGAUCAGAGCGAGAGCUGUCCUGUUUCUCCGGCGACAGAGGAGGAGCCUUUCUCCUGGGCGGGGCCCAAAACCCUCCGCCUGCGCCGCACGUCGGCGGGUUUCGGCUUCACUCUGCGCCACUUCAUCGUGUACCCGCCCGAGUCUGCCAUCCACUCCUCGCUCAAGGAUGAAGACCGUGGCAGUCAUGGGAGACCACGAAACCGGCUUGAGCCAAUGGACACCAUCUUUGUCAAACAGGUGAAGGAGGGUGGCCCCGCCCAUCGCGCUGGACUCUGCACAGGGGACCGUAUAGUGAAAGUGAACAGAGAGUGCAUCAUUGGGAAGACGUACUCCCAAGUGAUAGCCUUGAUACAGAACAGUGAUGCGUCUCUAGAGCUCAGUGUGAUGCCAAAGGAUGAAGACAUUUUACAGUUGUUCUCCAGGGACAUCACAGCUCUGGCCUAUUCCCAUGACGCGUACCUCAAAGGACAUGAAGCCUAUAGUGGGAAUGCCCACAACAUCCCCGAGCCUCCGCCCAUAAGCUACCCACGGAUAGAAACGAAAAUCUCAGGGAUGGUCCUAGCUGUGGAGCCUCCUGGGCCCGCGGAGGCCUUGUGUGCGGCGGGGCAAGCGACAAGCCGGCGCUCCAAUCCUGAGCUGAGCUACCGCAUGGAACUCCCGGUUCCGCCUUCGUCCCUUCCUCCCUCUCAGGUCGCCAAGCCCCCGGCUGCGGUGUGUGCGUACAGCGAGAGCGCGAGGGCGGUGGCAGAACCGGCCGGGCCCCCGGAGCAGCCGGCUCCGCCCACCUGGUCUGACUCGACCCCCAGCCACAGGACCGAGGAGAACAGGUACGGCGCGCCGGCGGACGCGGACGCGGCCGCGGGCCGGCCCCGCGGACAGUUGCGGUACGGCCCCGUUCAGGUACACAGCCAGUCCUACCCCGACGUCUCGCCCACGGCCUCGCUCGGACCGGUCGUGCCUGCAGCCCCUGCGCCCGUCUCUGCCUCCACAUCACCCUGCUCCACCCGCCACAACAUCGACUGGAGGAAUUACACCACCUACAAGGAGUACAUCGACAACAAACGCCUCUAUAUGUACGGCUGCCGGACUAUUCAGGAACGCCUGGACAGCCUCCGAGCAGCAGCGGCCCGUGGGACACCUGAGCACAGCAGGACGCCGGCGGCCUCUGAGCCGGGGCGGGGCGUGGGCGGAGCCCUGCUUCGGAGGAGGAGCGCAUCUCACGAACGAGUUCACACGAGCCCUGCAGUGGCUCCGCCUCCUCGCAGUGCAUCUCAGGAGAGGCUGCUGGGGGCGGAGCCAACGGCGGCGGCGGCGCGGGACUGGCCCCGGAGCGCAUCGGAGGACGCCAUAACGUCUCUGCCAGCGGGCGUGCACGAGCCCAGGGCGCGCUCCUGUGAUUGCCUUGGGAGGCAGCGCGAGGGUGGGGCGUCUCCACUGGACAUGCGGGCGCGCGGCCCCACGGAGGCACACGACAGGCUGCUGCUUUACGCAGGCGACGGGGCCUCCAGGUGCCGCAGGAAUCCCAGCACGUUGCACAGAACCGCGAGCGGCUACGCCCACGACGGGCGGGGUGGGAGUUACCCGGGGCUGUCCGCCACACCUCUCCUGUCCAAAGGUACGGGCCCGGCGCUGAGCUCUAGGGCGCAGAGUCUGGGCAACACCGCCGCUCUUCCUCUGGUACCCCGCCUCGCAGCGCAGACGGCAGCCGCCAGCCUGCCUCCUGCCUCCUAUGUCGCCUCUGCCCUAGCUUCCCUGCACGCCCGCGGUGGCGCCCCUAGAGACCAAAGACCUGCGCCCGUGGACGUCCACCUGUGCCCUGGCCAGGGACAGACGGAGGCGGGGCUGGGAGUCAGCGACGUCGUCAGCCUCCCUCCUGCAGGAGGCGGCGAAGGGGCUGAUGUCACAGUGGUGGUGCUGAGGCGGCAAAAACCCGGAGCUCCGCCCCUCCGCCACCCGUCCUACAUCCAGGCCGUGAGUGAGCGUGAGGGCUCCGGGGACACGCCCACGUGCUGGCUGGCCAAUGACUCGCGCCGGGACGUGCUCGUGCUGCGUCGCGGAGAGCAACACAAGCCCUCGGGAUCCGCCCACCUGGACAACUCGCUGGACUCCAUCCCUUUUAUUGAUGAGCCAUCCAGUCCUAGUGUGGAACACGACAUUGCCCACAUUCCAGCAUGUGCCGUCAUCUCCAGCACACCGGUCAUUGCCGAGCCCCACGUCAUGCCAGCGAGCCCCACCUCCGCCCUCAUCCGCCGACAGCUGUCCCAUGACCAAGACUCCUUACGGCUCACGAUUUUGGAGUCGGAUUCUGGGACCAAAACGGAACGAUCGAAGUCCUACGACGAGGGGCUGGAUCAUUUCCGGGAAGGACGUGGGAGGACCAUAAAGCAGGUCCCUGCACUGAGAGGCCUUAGGAAGGCUGUUGAUGGGUCUUCUGAAGACUCGGGCUCCAGGAGGAACUCUUCAUCAGACGUCUUCAGUGAUGCCACCAAGGAAGGACUGCUCUACUUUCGCCAGCUCAACUCAGACAAGGGCAAGCGUGUAGGCAGUGGUCUGCGUCCAUGGAAACAGAUGUAUACAGUUCUCCGCGGCUGUUCCCUUUAUCUACACAAGGACAAAAAGGAGGGUCCGGCCUAUGCCAGCUCCCUGAUUGAAGAUGACCCUCGGCCAAUCAGCAUCAAGGCCUGCUUGAUUGACAUCUCCUACAGCGAUACAAAGCGAAAGAACGUACUGCGGCUGACCACGUCCGACUGCGAGUACCUGUUUCAGGCCGAGGACAGAGAUGACAUGCUGUCCUGGAUCAGAGCCAUCCAGGAGAACAGCAACCUGGAUGAGGAGAAUGCACUGAUUACCAGCACAGACCUCAUUAACCGCAAAAUAAAGGAAUACAACACAUUGAUGAGUCCAUCCAGCAGUAAAACGGAGCCAUCUCCCAGGUCCUCUCGCCAGUCUCUUAGUAUCAGACACGCACUGCUGGGGAGUAAAGGGGACAGUAAAGUUAGUGUGGCCUCCCCCAGCAAGGAGCAUGAGAGGAGGGGCUUGCACAAAGAUGAGGCGAGCCCACCCAGGGACAAAGGUCAGUGGAGGAAAGCCAUCCCGGGGCUCAUGAGGAAACCGUUCGAGAAGAAGACCACUCCGGGGGUCACGUUCGGCGUGAGGCUGGACGACUGUCCUCCCGCACACACCAACAGAUUUGUUCCUCUGAUUGUGGAGGUGUGCUGUAAGCUCGUAGAGGAGAGGGGGUUGGAGUACACUGGGAUUUACCGGGUGCCUGGCAACAACGCUGCCAUUUCCAGCAUGCAGGAGGAGCUGAACAAGGGUGUGGGAGACAUCGAUGUCCAGGCAGAGAAAUGGAAGGACCUAAACGUGAUCAGCAGUUUACUGAAGUCCUUCUUCCGGAAGCUUCCGGAGCCUCUCUUCACGGAUGAGAAGUAUGCCGACUUCAUAGAUGCUAACAGAACAGAGGACCCAGUGGAGAGACUGAGGGCACUGAAAAGACUGCUGCAUGCGUUGCCAGAUCACCACUACGAGACACUCAAAUUCCUCUCAGCACAUCUCAAAACAGUGGCAGACAACUCGGAGAAGAACAAGAUGGAACCCCGCAACCUGGCUAUCGUGUUCGGACCCACUCUGGUGCGCACAUCUGAUGACAACAUGACCCACAUGGUUACGCACAUGCCGGACCAGUACAAAAUAGUGGAGACCCUCAUUCAGCACUAUGACUGGUUCUUCACUGAUGAGGGCGGCGAGGAGCCAGCGACCUCAGUUCAGCAGGAGAGCGCAGUGGAUACUCAGCCCGUGCCCAACAUCGACCACCUGCUGACCAACAUAGGCCGCACGGGCACCGCCCCAGGGGAAGUGUCAGAUUCACCCACUAGUGAUUCUGCUAAAUCUAAGGGCUCGUGGGGGUCAGGGAAGGACCAGUACAGUCGCGAGCUGGUCUCCUCAAUCUUUGCUGUGGCGAACCGCAAAAGAAAGAAGCAUCCAGACAAGCUUUUGGCCAGCAGCUCAGAUGAUGACCUGGAUCCUGACUUUCCUAAGAAGGAGCUCCCCAACCACAAGCAGAACCAGCAGGCUGUCGCAGGAGACACCAGCCCCAUCCCACACGACGAGCUUGCCGCUGGAGCAAAGCAUGAUGGGAAAGAUGGAGAAACGAUACUGAAGAUCAGAAUGGAGCACAGGAACUCUUUCUUCAUUAGAGAAAAGGCCCUGCCCACAGCCUCCCCGAAACAAUCCAUCUCACCCAACCUCAACUACCGUACCUCGGCGCCCACCAAGAGCUCCCUCUCCGACCCCCCUUCCCAGGUGGAUGAAACUACCUCAGAUCUGGGCACCAUGAGCUCUGGAGCCUCUGUGCCCAGGAGCAGGCCCAGGAGAUGGGGCACGGUGCCCCCUGCUGGUCUGGAGCUGUCACUGCUUGCUGGAGCCUCUGCCACUGCAGAGGUGAGCUCCAUCACCUCAGACUACUCGACCACCUCAUCCAAUACCUUCCUGACAGGGGUGGAGUCGAGCGUGCUCAGUCCAGAGGUGCAGUCGGUGGCAGAGAGCCGGGGUGGUGACGAGGCUGACGACGAGCGUAGUGAACUCAUCAGUGAAGGACGACCCAUGGAGACAGACAGUGAGGGAGAGUUUCCUGUCUUCACCAGCAGGGGCGCUGCCACUCCUGCCUUGGACUGUGUGCCCGGCAAGGCCGAACCUACUAAAGAUGUAGACAGCAACAGCCAAAAACCAGAAAGCCGCCGCCUCCUGCCAUCGCAUAAGCUGAUGGAGUGUGACACGUUGUCCCGAAGGCGGUCACUGCGGCAGAAGACGGACAGUGAGUCGUCCGUUGAGGGUGUGGCCAGUGGCGGUGGGCGGGGGCCCAGCCGGAGCGAACCGAACCGCCUCUCUCGUGUUCUGGAGGCGAUGAAGAAAGGCCGUUCCAGCGGCAGCCUGAGCUCCACCUCCUCCUCCCGCAGCGAAUCAGAACGCGGCGAGCCGGCAAGGCGCCUUAAAAUCACAGAGAGGCUGAAGUCGCACCUCCGCUCGUCCGCUGACGACAUGUUCGGCCUCGGCUGGCAGAGGAGCCGCCUGCAGGACUCGGGCAGCAGGAAGAAGGGCGUCCGGCGCCGCCACAGCAUGAGCGGCCAGCGGGACUUUAGUGAGCUUGCCGUCAUCAAUGACUGGCGUGAGCAAGGUGGUCCAGACCAAAGGGCGGAGUUAUCUCCCACGGAACGCCCCAAACCGCAGCGUGGCACCCGGGACGUGUCCAUCCGGGACUGGAUCGCACGGGAGCGCUGGCGAGGAGGAGGAUCUCGGGCCGGCACGCAGCCCAACAGGUCAGAGGUCAAAGCAGGUGUGGGAGAGGCGCUCUGUAACCUUGCCUCAGCCCCAAGCCCCCAGAUGAGCACGGAGCAAGUGAACGGGGGAGCAGGAGCGCAGGGGAAGGGCGUGACCUUGGUCACUGACACACACCCACACACAGUGUCGGGGGCACAUGUCCGCUCCCGAUUCUACCAAUGCCUAUAAACAAAUGCAGCCAUCUGUCUGCAUGUCUGCAUGUCUGCGUGUGUGCGUCUGUGUCUGUGUGGGCAUAGAUGUAUGUGUAAAAUGAAUGCUAGAAGGAUGACAGUGAAUGGAUGCUAAUAGAGAUAGGGUUACUGCACAAUAUUUUAUCUUUUUAACCUCUCUUCCCGCCUUUUUUAAAGAAAGUAUAAAUAAAUAUGAAUAUAUAUAUAUAGAA